CUGAGCAAGCAACUCUCUCUCUCUCUCUCUCUCUCUCUCUCUCCUCUCAUUGAAUACUUUGUAUCUUCUCCUCCUUCAACGUCUCCACGUCCUGGGUCUCUCUAUCUAUGCUGCGACAGAACCAGAGCUCGACCAAACCCCACAAAUUUUCAUUAAAAACAUCAAACGGUGCAGAGGAGAGAGAAGCCAAAAAGAUAAUCAAGAAAGCAGUUGUUAGCAUCUGUUUUGUUUAUUCCCCGCCCACGAACCACCAACAAACCCCUCCCCAUCACUGUGCCUUACUCUCUACGCCAGCACAGGGACGGACACCAGAACCCGAUAGCCCCACCUCACCAGCUUCAACGCUUGCGCUGCCCUUCACCACCAUAAUCACCAUCACCAUCGCCAUCAUCACCAUCACCUUCUUCUCCUCCUCCUUCUUCAUCAAGAACUCCGUUUCUUCCUUUGGUGCUUCGCAGGCUAUUAAAUGAGAUAUGGCGGAGCUCAAGAGGCCACCCACCAAGAGCAGGGGCUUCUACGUGAGGAUGAGGCUCCUGCACGGCUACAGCAAGCACCAUCAGAGACAAGCCCAAGACAAGAGCUUCUUCCGCAGACACUACAAAUGGGUCCUCUGGCUGUCUCUCUCCUGCUACUUCUUUAGCCCUUACCUCCUCAGCCAAAGCCCCAAGCAGAGCCUCAACCCUCUCCACGCCACUGGCUUUGCCGGCUCCGGGUCGACUCACUCCUCUCGCGCGCUCUUCGAGUCAUCAUUAUCGCUUAGUAACAGUAGCUCCAGACGCUCGCAAGAACCCAAGAUAGACCAAGAGUUGAGGGGCUUGAAGAUAUACGUCUACGAUUUGCCACCGAAGUACAAUUCCGAAUGGCUGUCGAACGAGCGAUGCAGCACUCACUUGUUCGCGUCGGAGGUGGCCAUCCACAGGGCUCUGUUGACUAGCGACGUCCGGACGCUCGACCCUCGCGAAGCUGACUUCUUCUUCGUCCCCGUGUACGUGUCCUGCAACUUCAGCACCACCAAUGGCUUCCCGGCCAUAGGCCACGCGAGGUCGCUGCUGCUCUCCGCCGUGCAGCUAAUUUCGUCGGAGCACCCGUUUUGGAACCGGAGCUCCGGGUCUGACCACGUCUUCGUCGCCUCUCACGAUUACGGAGCUUGCUUCCACGCCAUGGAGGAUCGAGCUAUCGCGGAUGGGGUGCCGGAAUUUUUGAAGAAGUCCAUCAUACUGCAGACGUUCGGUGUCAGCUACGACCACCCGUGUCAGGACGUCGAGCACGUGGUGAUUCCGCCCUAUAUUCCGCCGGAGAGCGUACGGAGGACGCUGGAGGCGUCGCCGGCGGGCGGCGGCCGCGACAUCUGGGCCUUCUUCAGGGGCAAAAUGGAAGUCCACCCCAAGAACAUCAGCGGACGCUUUUACAGCAAGGCGGUGCGAUCGGUGAUCUGGCACAAGUACAGCGGCGACCGGCGGUUCUACCUCAGGCGUCACAGGUUCGCCGGCUACCAGUCGGAGAUCGUCCGGUCCGUGUUCUGCCUGUGCCCGCUCGGGUGGGCCCCGUGGAGCCCGAGGCUGGUGGAGUCCGUGGCGCUGGGCUGCGUCCCCGUCGUGGUCGCCGACGGGAUCCGCCUGCCCUUCCCGGACGCCGUGCCGUGGCCUGAGAUAUCGCUCGCGGUGGCGGAGCGGGACGCGGCGAGGCUCGGGCCGAUCCUGGGCCGCGUGGCGGCGACCAACCUGAGCGCCAUCCAGAGGAAGCUGUGGAGCCCCGAGGUCCGGCGGGCCCUGCUGUACAACGACCGGGUCGAGCGCGGCGACGCCACGUGGCACGUGCUGCGGUCCCUGGCCCACAGGCUGGACCGCUCGCGCAGGAGGAGGAGGAGCAGGGUUUACGGCCAAUGAGAGCAGGAGCUCAGGUGGCGGGCGGCGAUUGGCCGUUCGUGAGCGCCAGCUAGGCAUCGGCUCUUUCGUCCGACGUGGCGGAGGGCGAUAAUGCGGGACAGCUGGGCGGCUCUUGCAUCUUACAUUAUGGGGGCAGUGGGGCCCCCGGAGGAGGAGGGAGGCGAUUUAGUACGAAGAAGCGGUGGGAGUGGGGCCCCCCGCCUGUUUUAAAUCGGCGGAGCACAAGAUUUUGGAGAUAUUUUAUUAUUGUUUUUUUCUGUAAAAAAAAAGGAGGAGAGUUAUUUUGGGUUCUGCGUGAGGGACAAGCAGCACACAAUCAAAACGACGUAGGUAUUAUGAUUUUUAUAGACGAGAGAGAGAGAUAGAGAGAGAGACACUGUACAGGCUGUGAGCAUUGAAGGACGGGGGGGGAGGGGGCAAAUCUUCGGGAAGAUAAAAGUAAUGUCACUUGUACAUGUGAUUGAGAGAUUAUUAUUGUUUUGUGGAUAAUAUUAUUUUUUUUUGGGGGAAAAGAAGGGAGGGGAGAGGCAGACAGGAAGACAGAUGCUGGUUGUGUUUUUUGGGGGGUCAUUUUGACCCCGAUAAUGUCCUCCUUAGGUGACGAAUACAAAUUCGUCCUUUUCGGGUACGAAGUCAUGUCUCUAGCUGGUGUUCCGGGGACGCUAAUCAACCAAAAACAAGAGACGGGGGUCUUGUUGGUGGCGCUCGAGAAGCAAAAUCUCGUCGAAUGCGUCGGGUCUCGAGAGAGAGAGAGAGGGAUAAAGCUAGACUCUAAAGGGAAGGAGUUUAUAAGUGGGUGAUUCGAUUGGACCAUGUAAUUAUUGGGAAUGGGAAUGGACAAAAACCUGCGAAGGAAUGAGUAUUGUUGAAAAUCCGGGGAGCUUCUUUUUAUGGGGUUAUUAUGAAAAGUCGUUCUUUUUUAUUUCUUUUCUCUUGUCGUGCAGAAAUUGGAGGAAAAUUAAAAAAAAAAUAAAAAUAAAAAGGAGGAUGAAAAGAAACAAUGAAAGAGCAACGUGUGACAGGUUGGAGGGUUGUCAGAACUUUGAAUGUGGGGAGAGGGUUGUCAGAAUGUGGUCACGGGCAUUUCCUUUCCCCCAGUACCUUGUCCUCUCUGUCUUUCCCAUAUGAUAUGGCUUUGACAGUCUGACGUUCGAUUUUAAUAAGAACUCGUUAUCGAUUUGAGCUUUCUCUAAUUAAUUAAUUACCUUGCUAAUGACGACCCUAAACUUGUCCAAGGGAAUGCUUGUGCUGCAGAGCGUGAAUUGCAGACCACCGGAGGUGUAGAGAGACUUCAGGAAAUGGCCGAAGCAGGAGGGUUUCUGUUGGCUUUUGCUCCGAUGAUCGGUGGAGCUUUACGGGCGGCGAUCUAUAGUUUGAUGAUGUUGCACUGUGGUGACUUGGCCCGGCAUAAUGUUUUGGACGACAGGUCGGUCCGUCCGCAAUUUUCAGGGACCGGAAUGGACCGGGGUAACUAACCCUGCUUGGGUCCUGCAUGGGUUGUCAGUAGGAGUUGGUGUCGGUGGGUCCGUCGAGCCAUUCCGACCGUCCCUUAUCCAUGGUGGGUUCGUUUGGUUCUUUCCCUCUCGUGCCGAGGGGAAUUAGUUAUGCUUCGGCGUAGUUUUUAAUAGGUUUGGGAUCAAAUUAGGGAUGGAAACGGGUCGGGAUUGAUCGGGUGUUCGAUCUGCUCGUGCUCCAUUAAUCGGUAGAUUUCGAUGGAUUCCUAAUGUAUGGGGUUCCGGACGAGUGUGAAACCUAUAAAAGAUUUACAAUAAUAGUUAAAUACCCUUAUUUUUUUUAUUCAAAAUAUGGUUUUUAUGUAUAUUUCGUGGUAUCUAUAAGUGGAAGUCUCGAAUUUCUUCU